CACUUAAAGUGACUAAGGCAUUUAGCCAAGCAUUGGUUUCGUGCAUUCUCACUCACGGCAUAAUCAGUCUUCUUCGUUGAAAUCAGCCUCACCCACGGUGUCCUCUUUUCUUUUCUAAAAACCUAGACAUUUGGCAUCUCAUCUCAUCGAUUUCGUGCAUCUUGAUCCAGAAGUAAACCUGUCUAGUCAUCAAGAUGAGAUUCAAGGAACGUGCUAAGUGACAAAAGCUCGCAUCCCCAGUGCCAACUAAAAGCUCCACCUCCUCAAGUAAGGAUGAACCCGUGGCAGAUGCAGUGAAGUCAGGUGAAACCUCAACUCAUUCUCUUCCACCCAUGCCUACACCUACUAGAGCCACUACUGACCGCUUCACUUCAGUUGGCGUUGAGAAUGCCUAUCGCACUACCUUUUCUAAAAGGCCAGUGUUGGGUGAGAGGGAGGUAAGUACAAAUGAUUUUCCUUCGGAUGACUUUCAACUCAUCCAAAGAAUAUUUACUGAGAGAGGCUGGGAGAAACUUACACAUGCAUCUCCCACUCUUUGUGUUGAAGUUGUUUGUGAGUUCUAUUUGAACAUUGCCCACUUCAACCUGGAUGAGCAUAGCAUUACAUCUAUUGUUCGGGGAACUCAAAUUGUUGUUUCUCCUGCUGUUCUAAGAGACUUAUUUGAUCUCCCUGAGGUGGAAACACCUCUAUAUCCAUAUAAGGGAAUGGAGGCUCCGACAAAGACUGCAAUGCGCAAUCUAUUUGUUGGUCUCGAUGGUCCAAAGUGGACAGCCAAAACUCAUAGACUACCUCUCAACCAUAUGCUCCCUCAGUUUCGACUCUUGGCAAAAAUAGUGCUCACAAAUCUCUGGCCCAUAAGCCGGCACACAGAAAUUACACUUGAGAGAGCCUACUUCAUGUAUGUUUUGGCAACUAGAGUAUCUAUUGACUUUCCAUGUCAUGUUAUUGAUAUUAUACAUCGUUCUCAUGUGGAAAAAAGGCAAAAUCAUCCUUUUGGUAGCUUAAUUACAAAGUUAGCUAUGAAAGCCAAAGUCCCCCUUUGGGCAAAUGAGCCUACAAUGAAGAUGCUAGGGUCCAUUUCAACCUUAACUGUGGUCAAAUCUGCGGCUGUCCUCACUAAAAAGAGACCUCCAACUAAUGAGUCAGCUUCCUCAACCGUAGAGCCUUUUGUCCCUAUGACUCAAGUUCUUGAGCAAAUCCCCUUUUGUCUCAAAAGAUUGAUUUAUAUUCUACAAAAUGGAAAGAAAGUUAGUCCAAGUUAGAGCAACAAUUAGCUAAUGUAAGCUCUGAUUGUGUACAAGCAAAUGAUCAUUUGGUACAUCUUUCCUUGAAUGUCCAGCAAAUCAUGGCAAAUGUGACUGACUCUGAUGAUGAUUUCUUGAUCCACUUGGCUAA